AUGGCCAACAACUCGUCAACCAUCCGCAUCCUGAGAGCAACCCUUGCCGUCGCUCACCUCGAGGACGAUGUUAGUAAUGUGCGCUGUCUCAUCGUCGGCCCCUCCGAUACACCCUACGAAUUCGGUUUCUUCGAGUUCAAAGUCAAAAUUGGUCCCGCCUAUCCUGUGCAACCUCCGUCCGUGAGAUGCUUGACCACUAACAAUGGUCGCUGUCGCUUCAACCCCAACAUCUACGCGUCUGGGAAACCUGGCUUCGAGACCAUCAAACUCACAAACAAGGAGGCUGAAGAAUANCGCCACGAGACUCUCAGAAUAACGGUGCUCCAACGCCUCGAGCAGCUGCUUCAGAUCUCUGGUGACGAUCACACAACGACUGCCAUGGCUGUGAACACACCACCUACCGACUACGACGAUGACGGCGUGAAAGAGUAUGACCCCUCGGCCGAUGAAAAGGAUGGAAGCACGGAAUCUGACUUCUGUCCCUUCACCGAUCUUUACAAGCGCCGCUUUCUCUGGUACUAUGACGCCUAUAUCAAGUCGAUUGACGAUGCCUCAACAAAGGUCAAAGACGGUCUGCACUUCGAGCACACGCCGUUCGAAUACAGCAGCAACGAGAUGCGCGGCAAGUACGCCUAUGCUUCGCUCAGAACACGCUUUCAACGCGUCUGGCAGGCUCUCGAAGCUGAAAAGGACACUUGGGCCGAAAAUGGCAAACAGGUACUCACCGAUCAACAUGGCACAGCCUUGAACCUCCAGCAUCAGUUCGGAUCGCUACGCUCCUACUACUCUCAAAGCAAUGGGCCCUCUGUCGAAAUCAGUCUCGUUGACGCAAACCCCUUUGUCUGGAUUCUCACGUUCUUCGGCCCAAAUGAGUCAGAUCUGUACGGCGCAACGAUCAACGUUCGCAUACACUUCCCCUUCGAGUUUCCGGAAGGGCAGCCACGAGUUACGGUCCUUACGCCCCUCUUCCAUCACCGUAUUAGUGCCACUACUAAAGCACUCUGCUAUUUCCCGACCAAACUCUACGACGUGGAGAACCACAUUGAGAGCAUCAUGGCGACCAUCAUCGAAGAAACACCAUCAUAUGAUCCUCGUGCAUUGGUAAAUCCUGCUGCAUCGGCUCUGCUCUGGGGUGAUGAGAAUGGCAAGAAGAUGUACAGGCGCAAGCUACGCAGGAGCGUGCAAGACGCUAUGGAGUCAUGCGAUGAGUGGUAG